AUGGUGGAGCUUAGGAAGCCUCCUCCCUUUCCAUUUUGUAACACCCCCGCGCAGGAAAGCCCCGCGUUGCUUUUCUCGUCCCCACGCGCGGCGGUUUCCAGUCACCGCAUUUCCCCCCAGCGCGCUGGGUCGGGUCCCCGAAACUUCCCAAUCUUUUCCAGCGUUAUUCCCAACUGUCAGUUCAGAUCAAAGACUGCACGCUUGAAAACCUUUACGGCAAAUCAACUGGAUGAAAUUAAAGAUCCCUCUGGUCUUUUCUAUAUUCUUCCUUUUCAGAAAGGUUACUUGGUGAACUGGGAUGUCCAGAGACAGGUUUGGGAUUAUCUUUUUGGAAAAGAAAUGUAUCAAGUGGAUUUUGUAGAUACCAAUAUAAUUAUUACCGAACCUUAUUUUAACUUCAGUUCAAUACAAGAAUCCAUGAAUGAAAUUCUAUUUGAAGAAUAUCAAUUUCAAGCAGUUCUUAGAGUAAAUGCUGGAGCUCUUAGUGCGCACAGGUAUUUCCGGGACAAUCCAUCUGAGCUAUGUUGUAUCAUUGUGGAUAGUGGAUACUCUUUUACACACAUUGUACCUUAUUGUAGAAGUAAAAAGAAGAAAGAGGCAAUCAUCAGGAUUAAUGUUGGAGGAAAACUCUUAACCAACCAUCUGAAGGAGAUAAUCUCUUACAGACAGCUCCAUGUUAUGGAUGAAACGCAUGUGAUUAAUCAAGUGAAAGAAGAUGUGUGUUAUGUUUCUCAAGACUUUUACAAGGACAUGGACAUUGCCAAAUUGAAAGGAGAGGAGAAUACUGUAAUGGUAGAUUAUGUUUUGCCAGACUUCAGCACAAUCAAAAAAGGAUUUUGUAAGCCAAGGGAAGAGAUGGUAUUAAGUGGAAAAUACAAGACUGGUGAACAAAUACUUCGUCUAGCAAAUGAAAGAUUUGCAGUUCCAGAAAUACUCUUCCAUCCUUCAGAUAUUGGUAUUCAAGAGAUGGGAAUUCCUGAAGCCAUUGUUUAUUCUAUUCAGAAUUUACCUGAAGAAAUGCAGCCGCAUUUCUUCAAGAACAUAGUGCUGACUGGCGGAAACACCCUUUUCCCGGGCUUCAGAGAUCGGGUUUAUUCUGAAGUUCGAUGUCUUACUCCCACUGAUUAUGAUGUUUCCGUUGUUCUUCCUGAAAACCCUAUUACUUACUCGUGGGAAGGUGGGAAGCUCAUUUCUGAAAAUGAUGAUUUUGAAGACAUGGUAGUAACUAGAGAAGAUUAUGAAGAACAUGGACAUAAUAUCUGCGAAGAGAAAUUUGAUAUAUAGGUAGCAUAGUUGGAUACAUUGUUAUUCCAUUGUUUCGCUCAGAAUGGAACUCUUGAACUACAACCUGUUUUCUGUCAGUGAGGAUUGUGUUUUAGCUUUCCUGUAUUUAAGUGGGUGGGGAAAAAAUAAUUUUCAGAAUUUAAAAAUAAAGUUU